AUGGCUCUACAUAUUAAAAAAGAAUGUACAAAAGUACCAAAACAUAUACUGGACAACUUUUCAUCAAAGUAUUUACGUACUUAUGUUGAAAAACCUAAUGAGGAAAAUAGCUGCAGUAAUUUGACCAAUUCGACACCACCUGAAGUUGAAACCAAAAACUCAAAAGUGUCUUGCCAACAAAGUGUAUUGAACUUUGUUGAUACUAUGAGCAAUGAAGAAAAGUUGCGUCUGGAUGAGUUAAUGGCAAGAGCUAUAUUUUCUUCUACUGUACCAUUUUCAAUUGUAGAAAACACUCAUUGGAUUAAUUUUUUUAAAGCUCUAAGACCAAGUUACACACCUCCUUCACGUUAUGUCUUAUCCAAAAGACUUUUAAAUAAUGAGUAUGAAAGAAUUAAUUGUGAAGUCAACAAUAAGAUUAAAAACAGUAAAGUUUAUGGAAUUCAAAUUGAUGGUUGGAGUAAUAUAAGAAAUGAGUCCAUAAUGAAUAUCAUAGUUACUACUCCAAAACCAUUUGUAUUUAAAACAAUAGAUUGUAACACAGAGCGUCAUACAGGGGAAUAUAUUGCUACUGAACUGGGUAAAGUGAUUGAUGAAUUGGAUAGAAAUAAAUGUCUUGGAGUUGUUACAGAUAAUGCAUCAUCCAUGAAAAAAGCAUGGAUACUUUUACAAAAAGAUGACCGUUACAAAAAUUUACCAAUUGCAUUUUAUUCAUCCAACUUUACAAACAUUCAAAAAACAAAAAAAAUUGACUGUUCCUUAAAACUACCAGUUAAAACAAGAUGGGGUUCACUUUGUAUAUGCUUAAAGAGUCUUCAUAAAAAUAAAAAUGUACUACAACAGCUAGCUGUCUCUGAAGAUUUAAGUGUAAUUGAAAGACUUGACAAAAGUGUAAAACAAAGCAUUUUAUCAGAUGAAUUCUGGGAGCUUGUUGAAAGUAUUAUUACUCUAAUUAGUCCAAUCACUCUUUGGAUAACAAAAUUAGAGUCUGAUAUACCAAGGUUGUCUGAUGUUCCGGCUGCUUUGAAUGAUAUAAAAAACAGUGUUAUGUUGCAAAUGUCUACUUCUCCUUUACUCUUAGAAGAACAAAAUAUUUUAAAUGAAGCAUUUGAUAAACGUUAUGAUAUGGCUAUUCAUCCGAUUCAUUAUGCAGCAAACGUCUUAGACCCAAAAUAUCAAGGGAAAGAUUUACCUCAAGGAUGUGAUGUAGAGGGAAUUGUUUAUAUACAAAAAGUUGCUGAUAAAUUAUUAACACCAAAUGAAUAUAACAAGAUAAUAAUUGAACUAGCCGAGUAUCGUUCACACGAAGGAUUAUGGGCCAAAGACAUUCUAUGGAACAAUAUUGGUGAUAUUGAAGCACGUAUCUGGUGGAAUGGCCUUUGUUCAAACACAAGUCUAUCAAAAGUAGCAUCUGCUAUUCUUUCCUUGCCUGCAUCCUCAGCAGCUACAGAGCGUUCUUUUAGCUCUUAUUCACUCAUCCAUACUAAAAGGAGAAAUCGCCUCACAAAUUUAACAGCCAAAAAGUUACUGUUUAUUUAUGAACAUAUGAUAAAUAAUCGAGACCUGGAAGUGUCAAAACCGGUAAAAAGUGUACAAACAAACCAAGAAUCUUUAACCGUUAACAAUGACGAUGAUGAGCCUUCCUGUAGUUAUCAGGCUUGUAGUUCUACUAGUUCUAGUAGUGAGAACGAGGAAGAAUAUUACAAUACUGAUGACAUAGUAGUAGAGUCUGAAGGAGAUCAGUUUGGUGAAACAGAUUCAAGUGAUGAUGAUUUUUUUAACUCCAUUAAACUUAAUCUUGCUUAA